AAUCCUUCAGGUGUGCCAACACACACCAGCAGCAGGACAACACUAAGCAGGAGGAUUUUUUUCGUACCUAAAGCUUUUAAUAGGUGAUCAAUACUUUAUUGCAUGCUCUUUCACGAUGAAGGCCAUGGAGGAUCAAGUAGUCCAAGAAGAACCAGGAUACCAGGAUGAUGAGGAGUCCUUUUUUCAGGAUAUUGACCUGCUGCAGAAGCAUGGAAUUAAUGUAGCAGAUAUUAAAAAGCUGAAAGCAGUUGGGAUUUGCACAAUCAAAGGAAUCCAGAUGACCACAAGAAGGGCACUGUGCAACGUGAAGGGGCUCUCAGAGGCCAAAGUGGACAAGAUUAAAGAAGCUGCAAACAAGCUUGUUGAACCAGGCUUCCUCACUGCCUUUGAGUACAGUGAAAAACGGAAGAUGGUAUUUCAUAUUUCCACUGGCAGCCAAGAAUUUGAUAAGCUUCUGGGUGGUGGAAUUGAAAGCAUGGCAAUCACUGAGGCCUUUGGAGAGUUCCGGACAGGCAAAACCCAGCUAUCUCACACUCUUUGUGUGACAGCUCAACUCCCAGGACCAAAUGGCUACACAGGUGGAAAGAUUAUCUUCAUUGAUACUGAAAACACUUUCCGACCGGAUCGCCUGCGUGACAUUGCGGAUCGCUUCAAUGUGGACCACGAGGCAGUGCUUGACAACGUGCUCUAUGCACGUGCAUAUACCAGUGAGCAUCAGAUGGAAUUGCUUGACUAUGUAGCAGCCAAGUUCCAUGAGGAAGCUGGUAUCUUCAAGUUAUUGAUCAUUGACUCCAUAAUGGCACUUUUCCGUGUGGAUUUCAGUGGUCGCGGAGAGUUGGCUGAACGACAACAGAAACUGGCUCAGAUGUUGUCAAGGCUCCAAAAAAUAUCAGAAGAAUAUAAUGUGGCUGUGUUUGUGACCAACCAGAUGACUGCUGACCCAGGAGCAACUAUGACCUUUCAGGCAGACCCAAAAAAGCCCAUCGGGGGCCACAUCCUUGCUCAUGCUUCAACUACCAGGAUCAGUCUGAGGAAAGGGAGAGGGGAGCUGCGUAUUGCAAAGAUCUACGACAGCCCUGAGAUGCCUGAAAAUGAAGCCACAUUUGCAAUAACUGCUGGAGGGAUUGGGGAUGCCAAAGAAUAGAUAAAUAAAUGAUGUAAAUGUACAGCUAAAAAACAGCUGGGCAGUUGGGAUGAAGAUUUGUGAAAGGUCGAGAACUACCUGGCUGCAUUUGUAGCUUUUGGAAGAUAUUUAAGAUAUUUUGGGAGAAAAUAGGAUGGACUUUGUACAGUUCAGUUUUACUGAACUAAAAUUUUGGUCAUUUAGGAUUUUUGUUUUUCAAUAGAACUUUUAGCACACAAACAUUUAAGCCAUUAGAUUGUGAAUUGUUCUUAGAAUCCUUUUCCUAUCUUUUGUGAAAAUCAAACCUGUCCUUUCACAUGGGAGUGAAUAUACUCUUUCUUAAUUUAUUUCAAAGAGAGUGUCUAAGUGGUAGAAUUUAACAGUGUGAAAUGCAACAGAACUGGAAUAAACUCAGUUAUAAAAUUGAUAUAUAUAGAUGGAAAAGGCAGUGGGAGGAACAACAGCUCAAGAACUUGACGGAUUUUCAUGUACUGUAGAGGAACAAGUAGUUUUAAGAAUACGUUUUUAAACAUUUUUAUCUUGACUAGAUAAUGUUCAUGUUUUUAUUUAGCAUUUUCUACUUUUUGGACAGAAUGUUUGAAACCUGUUCUUAUUAAAGUUAAAAAUAA